AUGGCAAAAAUUCCUUAUCCACGAUUAAUUUUUGUCCGCCAUGGUCAAACAGAAUGGUCAAAAAGCGGUCAACAUACUUCAACUACCGAUAUUGACUUGACUCCAUUUGGGGUCGAACAAAUGAGAAACACUGGUAGGGCCCUAAUUGGACCUGAUAAUUUACAAAUGAUCAAACCAGAGAAUAUACGUCAUAUUUUUGUAUCACCAAGAAAAAGAACACAACACACUUUACAAUUGUUGUUGGAAAACGUUGACCCAGAAAUUAAGGAUAAAAUUCCAAUCGAAAAAGAUGAAGAUGUAAGAGAAUGGGAUUAUGGUGAUUAUGAAGGCUUGACCAGUGCUGAAAUCAACGAAUUAAGAAAAAAGAAAGGGUUAGAUGAUAAAGAUCACAAGUGGUCCAUAUGGAGUGAUGGCUGCGAAGGGGGUGAACAGCAUUAUGAUGUAGCAAAAAGAUUGGAUAGAUUUAUUGAAAAAGUUAGAGAGUUGCAUCGUCAAGCAAUUGCCAAACAAGAUCCAUGUGAUAUUAUUGUCGUUGCUCACGGUCAUGUAUUAAGAUGUCUAGGUGCUAGAUGGGUUCAACGUGAAUUGAAUGUCAACCCACAAUUGAUUUUGGAUGCUGGUGGUGUAGGAACGUUGAGUUAUGAACAUCAUAAUAUUGAUGAACCAUCAAUCUUCUUAGCAGGUGCAUUCACGAUACCAGUUGCUGAGCAAUGUGCUGAUCUCUAG